UUCCGAGGGAUCGCCUUCGUUCGCUCUCUUCUCAAGCCCCACGGGAAGCCAAGACUAUUUUCGCGCUGAACGCUUUUGGGAGAAGGCGCCAAGACAAGUUGCUCUGCUCGAGUACUUAUACGAAGAUUGAAGGAGAGAAAGAGAGAAGAAGAAGAAGAAGAAGAAGAAAGAAAAAGAAGAAAAGGAAAAAAAAUAACCAUAGUUAUAAUAUUUGUAAAUCUUCUCGUGGCAUUUAUUUAUUUAUUUAUUCAUUUCGACGAUGGUUGAAAUAUCAUUUGUGUUCACGGUGUUAUGUGGUGUGCUGGCGGUGCCACUUGCGGGGGCCUUCAACUUUGACCCCAGGGGCGCCUCCGUGCUGCAGGAGCCCCGUUCCUCUUGGAAAUCCAGGGAAUCCUACUUCGGGUACAGCGUUGCCCUGUAUUCCGUAGGGACGCAGGCGGGGAUAAUCGUGAGUGCCCCUCGUGCCAACAGUACCCAGGCAAAUUGGACUCCCACGGAUAUACCCGAACCAGGGGCCCUUUACGUGUGUCCGCUCGAUGAUGCCUCCUCCGCCUCCGCCUGUUCUCAGAUUCUUGUUGAUAAGUCAGGAAACGAUAUGGUAUCGGGGAUCGAGAGGUACCGAGACAGGAAAGACUACAGUUGGCUCGGGGUUUCGCUCGACCUGCACGAGAGUGACUAUUCGCAUAUCAUCACGACCUGCGCUCAUCGAUGGAUCAAUCAGUUAUAUCUGCCUAAUGACGAUUACUUCAUGAACGGCGCGUGUUACUGGGCCGAUUUGCAAGAACUGUUACAGCAAAAUUUCCAACCGGAUGUUUGGAAGAAGCUCCUCCCUCUUGUAGACUACAAUUCCCAGCGCAUACAGGAUCCAGAAACGGGACAAAUUAUCUACUAUUAUCAGCUGGGUCAGGUGGGGACCUCCGCCCACAUCUUGCAAGACGGAAGAUUUGUAUUAGGUGCUCCUGGUGUAAAGCAAUGGGCAGGUACGGUUGCAAUGGUGCAACGAGGCGAAAUAUGGACAACGAUAGCCGAGUCAACCGUCCUCACACCCGUCAAGUCAUAUGACAGUUACUCGUAUUUUGGCUACAGCGUGACGUCUGGGAAAUUCUGGGGGAGCGAGGAGUUCAUAGUCGCGGGGGCACCCAGGGCGGAUAUGCAGGGCAAGGUAAGCCUUUUAAACACAAAUGGCGUCUUAAAGUGGGAGGUGUCCGGAACCAUGCUUGGCUCUGGCUUCGGAUCCGUAGUGGCGGCCGGCGACGUCACGGGCGACGGUUGGGCAGAGCUGUUCGUCGGAGCCCCACUCUAUAGCGAUCGAACACCGAAAGGAGGAGCCGUGGAAGCCGUGGAGAGAGGAGCCGUGUUCGUGUACAAGCGAGGCGCCGCCGAGGGUCUCAUCUUCCACGACCACCUGAGGGCCAGUCCCCCUUCCCCUCACGCCAGGUUUGGGUCCGCCAUCGCAGUCAUCGGGGAUAUCGACCGCGACGGGUUUCAGGACCUGGCAGUGGGCGCACCGCAUGAGGACGACGGGGCGGGCGCGGUGUACAUCUUCAUGGGCGGCGCUGACGGCGUGGGCGGCACAGCGAGCCAGCAUCUGAGGGCGCGGGAUUUCGGACAAGUCCUCAGAGGAUUCGGGGCGGCGUUAUCCAGGGGCGUCGACGUCGAUGGUAAUGGCUACCCAGACCUGGGCGUGGGCGCGUACGCGGGCGAGGGCGGCGCGGUGGUGGUCCGGACGCGCCCCGUGGCCACCGUGGACGGGCGCGUGAGCAGCGACCGAGAAGUCAUCACGGAAGCCGGCCAGGAGUUUACCGCCUCGGCCUGCCUCUCCUUCGCAGGGCACAACGUACAGGAUAAGAUAGAUAUGAAAGUGGAACUAAUAUUAGACGAAGGAACAGCUGAUCGGGCGUAUUUUCUUGCGUUUGGCACCGGCGUUAUCACGGAGGAGGUGGAGCUUAAACGUGACGUCAAGAAGUGCUUAAAUUACGUCAUCAAAUUAAAGGAUGACCUGAAAAAUGCCACCCAUCCUCUGGAUAUUGUGUUCAAAUUCACCUCUGAUGACCUAGAUCCAGCCUCCCCCUGGUGCCCGAGGUGUGGCGUGGCGGCGCCCUCGUCCCCGGCCGCCCACAGGACCUCCGUUCCGCUCGCGCUCGGCUGCGGCGACGAUGCGGUCUGCACGCCCACGCUCGCCCUGGAGGCGGCGUGGGUGGCGGGAGUGACCGACGGACAGUACAUCCUCGGCACGGGCGCUGGCCUCUACCUCGCCGUCGAAGUGGGCGUGGGCGGCGAACCUGCCUACAAGGGGUGGGUGGGCGUGACUCUGCCCCCCGGCCUGACCUUCCGCUACCUCCCCUACAAGUGCGUAGCUUCUGACGCCCACAGCGCCUCUUGCAGUUUGGAUAACCCCGUCCGGCCGCCCACGGAGAAGCUGACUCUGGUCGUGCAGGAGGAGGCGGGUCAGCUGGGCAGCGAGGAGGGCGUGGUCAAGGUCCUUGUGUCAGCUGGAGCGUCAGGAGCCAAGGAUGAGCAGAAGACGCUGACUCUCGGGCUUGUCAGGGAUGUCAGACUCUUUCUCUCGGGGAAUGCUGAAGAGGAGAGCCUGCACUAUGACCCAGCCACCUCGUCACCGCAGGUCACAGUGAGGACAUUUUUCCAGGUGGGGAACCAGGGUACAACAGCAUCCGCGGACGUCCCUGUCAAGAUAUUCGUUCCCGUGGCGUUCAGUCCUUCGCCGGGUUUUAACUUCGGCGAGGUGCUGGAGGUGUCUCCGGCGAUCAGCUGUUCUGACGAAGGUGUGGUGUCAGAUAUGGACGGCAUUACCGUUGGCGAAGUGUCGAAGCCGCCCUUUGACACGACAUUGAGUGUCACCUGUGCGGCACCAGGUUUUCUGUGUCACUCGAUCACCUGCAUGUUCAAGGAUACAUAUCAGGUCCAGACUUUCUCUCUGAACACGCGGUAUGACUUUGGGCAGCUACAGGAGAAAUACGGUUCGAACGCCACCGCCAGCAUCCACACCUGGGCAGCCAUCUUGUCGUCAGAGCCAGGGACCGUCAGAAGCGGCCUCGCGGACGUGUGGGUGACAGUGGCACCGAAGGGAUGGCGGCCGCCCGUGCAGCCUGUCCCGCCCACGCCCGCCUGGGUGUACCUCGUGUCCGUGCUGGCCGGCCUGAUCCUUCUCGUGGUCAUCAUUUUCGUUCUGUUUAAGGUCGGGUUCUUCCGGCGCAAAAGGCCCCAGGUCGCCCAGGAAGAAGGACAGGGGAACGAGGAAGGCUCCCUGACAGACACCCUGGCGGAGGACUUCACGUGGCAGGGCGGGGACGCGGCAGAGGAAGGCGGGGAGCCGGGUGCCCUUCCGGAGGCCCAGGACGCUCUGCUCGCGGAUGAGGAUUCGUGAAGGCAGAGGGGCAAGG